AACCCUUGCCCAUAUGGGAUCCCAGCAGAUGAAAGGUGAGAACUUUAGCCACUAGGUUACCACACCAGCCCUCCAGGAACUUCUUAGAAGGGUCAGGGUUCUCAGCUAGACCAGCCCAGCCUAGGGGAGGCCAGAUGCUAGGAUGUCGGAGAUGGUCAAUUUCAGAUGUCACAGGCAGAGACUCAGGGCAGUGUGAUGCUCUGAGGCCCAUUCUGAAUGUAAGACCACAUGGGAAGGGCUGGGGGCCAGGGGCCAGAGAAAGGCAGAGGUCAAGGAGGGCCCAGGAAACCCGGGCUGGCCCAUAGCUGGGUGGGGUACCCCGGGUGAGUGAGGUUUGACAUGGGGGCAGGCCACCUGAGCAGGAGCCCCAGGGGUGCUGGGCUGGCCCUCGAGGUGGCUUCCACAGAUGCUUUCUCACCCUGAGCCAGUCCGACCAACGGGCAGUGGGAGGCAGGGUCUGCAGACCUCCAAGCCACUUGACAUGCACAUGCAAGGAACACAGAAGAAAAGCAGGCGCUGCUGAGCAGCAUGGCUAGUUCCCCACAUCCAGCCGAGGACACUCACACUGGGGACACGCCCUUCCAGGUGCACCCUGGAGCCCUCGCCAGCCAUCCAUGUGGGGACUGGAAACCUGGCUGGCCUGAGUCAGCCUCGCCAACUCUGGCCGAGGGAGCGAACAUCAGUGCCAAGACAGUGGGCUCCGGGUCAGCCGGGACGUUUGCUCCUCCAAUCACAGCAGCAGAGGCUCUGCCUGCCCAGGCGGGGAUCCCGAGACAGAGCGCCUUGCAUCCAGUGCGUGUAGACCAGGGUGUAUUGUGGGUGUGGUCGGCCUCCAACCUCUGUCAUGACUCAGGUGGCAACAAUAAAACCCAAACAGGAAACACGAGGUUGUCUGAGAAGCGAACUUGACUCUCCUGCUGAUCUGUUACACUGUAUCAGCAGUAAGCAGACACAGAAGGCAGAGGUGCGGCGUGGGUAGGCCAUACCAGCAGGAGGAAGUGGGGAGCUUUGGGCACACUGAAGGCAUCGCUGAGUGACCGCAGAGUGACCUCUUCACUGCCAUAAAGCUAGAAGGAAAUUGAAGGCACUCAGGAGAGAGAACAGCAACCAACUGGGUUCCUGGCCUCAUGUGUGGCUCCUGGCCAGGGGGUCACAGCGAGGGGUCCCCCUCUUACCAUCAGCAGUGUAGUGUGGGAGGCAGAUGUAGGAAGGGCAUGCUGGAGAGCGGCAGGUGGCCAGGCCCUGGGCAUUGUUGAAGGGACCAGCGCUCAGGGUGUGCCCGUGUCCUCCCAGUGGCCCCUUCUGAAAGCUGCCCCUCUGCCCACUUCCUGGGUGGCCCUGCCUGAGGAGGCCUCUUCCUGGCUGCAGAGUGUGGCCCCAGUGGUGCCUGGCAGCCCUGCUCCACCCUAUGGAGCCUCAGGAGCAGCUUCCCAAGGGGCACCCAGGUCUCCUACCACUCACUCAGGGCCUUGGCCAUGGGCAUGUUGGCUCCUAGCAGCCCUCCGAACCCUGCAGGGGCAGCAGGACUAGGGGCCCUUAAGCCACAGCUAGUGCGGGGAUAGGAGCCCAGCUAGCCAGAGGCCCAGCUAGCCAGAGGCCCGGGAGGGAGGACGCCAGGGGCGGGGCGCGAGUGGGUGCAGGUGCAGCGUUCCCACAGCUGCUCCGCCCUUGGGGCUGCCACGCAUCCCGGGCCCGCGUGGUGAGGCUGCCCCAUGGUGCCAGUACAAUGACGGGGCUAAAUGUCUCCCUGUCGUUCUUGCUCGUCACCUGUGGACUCUGUGAGGCAGCCAGGAGGGCAGCCAGGGCUCUGCUCCCUGCGGGCACCUACAUCAGCUUCGCGCAGGAGGCAGCGAGUGCGUUCCAGCUGGUAGCCUGCGGCCUGGAGAUGCGGGCACUGGCGGACGUGGGCCCCUGGGCCGCGGGUGUCGGACCCGACCUGCUGCUGACUCUGCUCUUCCUGUUCUUCCUGCUACACGGGGCCACCCUGGACGGGGCCUUGGGCAACCCGGCAGUGGCCCUACAGGAGCUGCUCUUGGCCGAGGCAUCCCUGCCCAGCACGCUGCUGAAGCUGGUGGCCCAAGGGCUGGGCAUGAUGGCCGCCCGUGCGCUGACCCUGCGCUGCUGGGCCUGGGAGCUCAGCCAGCUGCAUCUGCUGCAGAGCCUCAUGGCCGCGCACUGCAGCUCCAGCCUGCGCACCUCCGUGCCACAUGGGGCGCUGCUGGAAGCUGCUGGAGCCUUCAUCUUCCACCUGGGCCUCCUGUACCUGCGCUGCAGCCUUCCUGCCCGGAGGGUUCCCGCCUUGGCCCUGCUGGCCACCUUCACCACCCACACAGGUGAGCCUGAUGUUCCACACAGAGGGUCAACCCCUGGGUGUGUCCUGUUCUCCCUGGCCUGGUGGGCUGCAAGCUGGGGGUCCUGGUCUUCUCUCAGUCCUCUCCAGAGGACACAGUCCCAAGCUCCCAGCCGGGCUGACCCUGGACCAAACUCCCAGGCCCCACCUGCUUCAGGACCCUGCGGUCCUCAGCUGCUCCCUGAGCGGAGGCUCGGGAUAGCCGCAGCUGGGAUGCAGAAUCAGCUGCACACUGAGUACCAAGGCCACAGAGGCCCAAGUGGAGCUGGGCCCUACACCUCUGCUUUCUUCAACCCUGUGCUGGCCACCUCCGCCACCUUCCACUGCGAAGGGCAUACCUUGCUGGAAUACGCCCAGGUGUACUGGCUGGGACCCCUUGCAGGCAUGAUCCUGGCUGUCCUGCUGCACCAGGGCCACCUCCCCGGCCUCUUCCAAACCAACCUGCUCUACAGGCGGAAGAGCAAGUACCGAGGCCCCCGGGGGAGGCUGGUCCUCCCAAGCUCCAGGACCUGGGACAGGGAGACCCAAGCACUUCCAGACUCUGGGCUGGGCAGGGCAGGUGGAGCUUGGUUCCGCCCCAGCUGAGGGCUGAAGGGGAGGGGGAGGCAACACCCCCUCCUGUUAGUAAAUUUGAACUAGUACCCACCCUGUCUCCUGCAGUUUCCUUCUAGAAUGAGACCAAGGGCUAGCCUGGGCCUGAGGCUCUCGCCCUG